UAUUCAUACUGACAUAAUAGCUCUUGACAACUCAAAGAAAUAUAAAACACAAUAUUUUCGAAAUGCUGAUUACCUACGGGCAUGCACUCGUUGCGCAGCUGCUACUGCUGAGCUCCGUGUACGUCAUCUACUUUCAGUCCACGAUCCUGACGGGCUUAGAGCCGCAAAAGACAUUGCUGAGAUAUGCGCCCGCCGAUCGCUUGGUGGUCUUCGUAAUCGAUGACCUCAGCGCCAAGGUGUUCUUUGAACAACGCUGCCGUAAUGUGCCUCAGCUGAAGAAGAUCUUUCUGCAUCAAGGCCAGGUGGGCAUAAAUCGUGUGCGUGUGGCCAGCAAAUGCCGAUCGGCGCAUCUGACGCUCUUCUCGGGUCGUUAUGAGGAUUACCUGGCUGGGCUGCAUGGCAUCGCCUUUGACACCAUCUUCAAUCGAAGCACACGCAGCUUUGCCUGGGGCUCUGCGGAUCUGCUGCAACAUUUUCCAGCUGUGCAUGAAGUGUACACACAUCCACCGAAUAUACCGGGCCUGGGCAUUAGCUCUUACAAACUGGACGAGUGGGCAUUUCAAGCAGUCCGAAAUUUUCUGCGAAACAAGGCGUCCCAGCUGGAGCAUCUUCAGGGUGUGGUGUUCUUUGUGCAGCUGUUGAGCCUGCGGGAGGCAACUGGAUUCCGUAUGUACCAGGAACAGCUUAACUAUACGCAACGUCGGAUCUGGACCAUCUAUCAGCGAUUUGAACAUGCAUUUCCUGAUCAACGCACUGCUUAUUUACUGACGUCCGAUCAUGGCAGACCAGAGAAAGGUUAUAGCAAUGGCAGCAGCAAUCAGGAGCUGGAAACACCAUUUGUACUUUGGGGCGCCGGUGUCGCCCAUAUCAGUGCCGGUCCAGGUCGCAGCUUUGUUGCCAACGAGCUGGGUCAACGCCUGCCGCUGCACAUUCUUGAGUCCAUACAGCUGACACCGCUAAUGAGCGGCUUAUUAGGUUUGCCGACGCCCGUACACAAUCGUGGCCAGCUGUCCGCGGGUCUGUUAAAUGACAGCAUGCAUGAGGCACACGCCACAUACAACAACGCGCAGCAGUUGCUCAACCAGGCCCAGUACGUCUUGCACCAACAUAGUCGUGGUCUCCUGUCCAACCUGAUGCCCAGCCAUUGGCUAAACGAACAGCUGCUAAAGUCAUUCCUGAACAACGCCAAUUUGUUGUGGCGCCAGCAACGCUUCCUCACGCUGACGGAGUACAGCGGCAAUCUUAUGCCCACGGUGCUACAGUGCAUCGAUUACUAUGUGCAUUAUUAUCGUCGUGGAUUGCUUCUUGCCAGCGCAUGUGCUUUCUUGGGCUGGCUGCUGCAAUUGUGCGGCGUUCCGACAGCCAAUUGGGGCGGUCUGCAGCUGCUGCUGUGCAGGGCGCUUUUGCAUCUAGUCAUGCUUCUGCUGCUUCUGUUUGUGCUGCUCCAGCGUGUGCCCUGGCUGACGAGUGGCUUGCUGUUGCUGCCUACCCUGCUCUGGACGCGGGCGAUGGAAACAAACGUGGAGUGUCGCGUGACCAGGCACCAGCUCUUAUCCAUGCUAAUGGCGCUUUGUUGUGUCGUUGGCUUCUUUUUUCGCCGCUUCAUAGCGCUCAUUUACCUAGGCUUCGCCUGCUACCACAAUCGCUGCGCACUUAUGCAACGCUCCCGCAGCGCUUUCCUCUGGUUAUUGCACGUCUGCGCGCUAACAGCAUUAUCCUGGCUGCCGCCGGCGCUGGGCUAUUGGCAACGCAAUUGGCUUCUAGUUAGUCUGCUGAUUACCUUUGUACGUCCCCUUGUCUGUCGCUCGCUGCACUGGGCCUCAGCCCUGCACAGACGUUCGCUGAUUUGCAAUGGCCUUGUGCUGCUCACGGCUGCGCUACAUGUCUUGUUUAGUUCGCAGGCGCGGAUGUUGCACCUGAUCGCCCGUGCGUAUGCAUGCUAUGUCUUUUAUCCGUAUUAUCGACAGCAAGGCCUCGAGGUCAUCGUCUACAAUCUAAGCACGUUGUAUGCACUGAUCUGUACAUCUUACGAGUCCUUAGUCAUACAACUGCUGACUAUGGAACUGCAACUGGCGCUGCGCCUUAAACAGGAGCACGGCGCUGGAAUCAGGCGAAAUAUCACACUGGCAAUGUACAUGCUGCUUUAUAGCUGCUACUCCUUGUUUGUUAUUGGCAACAUAAAGGCAGUGGACAGAUUUCGCUUCUAUAUGCGUUUCGCGAACUUUGGUUGCUACUCGGUGCUGGUCAAUGGAGCCCUGAUUGCUCUGAAGCUCCUUUUGCCGAUUCUGCUACUGCUCGUCAUCAUUUGUGCCAAUUGCGAGAUUGCUUGGCCAUAUCGACAAGAAAUCUUCCGCAGACUGCUCAUCAUGUGCAAUGUCAUGGCGCUUGUUUUCCUUUUUCAUGUGCGCUCUGGAUACAUCUGGUGGGAGGAUUUGGUUUCCUUUCUCCAUUUUAGUUUUGUGCAAGCUUUACCGUUUUUUUUGCUGCUGCUAUGUUAUUUGGCGCAUUUUAUGCUGGGCGAACACGCAAUAGAAACGCCACAGCUGCCCAAAUGGAGCGUGCAUAUCUAUUAAAAUAAUGUACUAUUAAACAACUUCAUGUUGGCACCAAUAAUGCGCGCGGAAAA